AUGGUGACCAUCCCAAAGACCCACAAGGCCGUCGCGACGCCCGCCAAGCGCGCCCCCCUCGUCCUCCUCGAGCGCGAGACCAAACUCCCCGGCCCGGGAGAGGUCCUCAUCCUAAACGAGUGGACGGCCUCGAGCCCGCUCGACCUCCACCGCGCCGACGGCGGUCUCCUCUGCAACCACCCAGAAGUCAUGGGCGGCGGCGCCGCAGGGACCGUGGUAGCCGUAGGCCCCGGCGCCGACGCCGACAGGCUGCAACCGGGGGACAAGAUCUUCACCUUCGCCUUCCACCACUUUAGCGAGCGCGCGCACCAGGACUUUGCCACGGUGCCGGCGUACCUCGUGUCCAAGCUCCCUGCCAACGUGACGCCGCAGGAGGCCGCAACGGUGCCGACGAACCUCAUUACCGUCUUCCACGCCGUGACGGCAGAUCUGGGGCUCGAGCUGCCGUGGCCGCGGCCCGAGGGGUGGGUUCCCGCGGCGAGAAAUGGCGCGGUGCUCGUCUGGGGCGCCGCGAGCAGCGUCGGGGCGUAUGCGGUGCAGGUGCUGCGGUAUUGGGGGUAUCGUAACAUCCUAGCCGUGGCGAGCGAGAAGCACCACGCGCACUUGAGGGAGAUUGGGGCGAAAAAGACGUUUAGUUAUCGGGAUGAGGACGUUGUGGAUAAGAUUCUGGGUGUUGUUGGGGAGGGGGGCGUGCCGUUUGUGUUGGAUUGUAUCGGGUCCGUCGAGGGCACGUUGAGGCCGUUGACCAAGAUUGCGGGUAAGGGGACCAAGGUAGCCGUCAUGCUGCCCGUCAUUGUACGAGAUGCGACGGACGAGGUCGAGCCCGAGUAUGAGAUGGAGGUGAAGAAUGUAUUGGUCGGGGAGUGGGCUGAAGGCGUCGAGCUCCGGGGUGUGAGGACGCAUUUUUACCUGGCGAAUGAGUUCUUCAAGGAGAAGAUGCAGAGAGAAAUUGUGCCGACGCUCUUGGAGCAAGGUGUCAUUAAGCCCAAUAAGCAAAAAAUUGUCGAGGGCGCCACCAUGUUGGAGCGAGCGCAAAAGGCCAUUGAGCUGCUGAGGAAAAGAGACCCCAGCGGCGAGCGUCUGGUCUGGAGAGUUUCGGAUCUGGAGCUGGACCUGUGA